GCCCCGCGCGCCACCGGGGCGGCAAUGGCGGCGGCGGCGCCUGCGCGCGGCGCCCUCCGUGCGGACCGCGCAGAGUGAAUAAUAAAGGUCUCCUCGGCGGCGGCGGCGGCGGAAGGCGGGAGGCAUGUCCAAGGGCCCGGUGGCGGGCGGCCCCGCCGCGGCCGGGCCGGCGAGCGCCGCCAGCGCGCUGCAGGCGCAGCCGGAGAAGCCGCAGCACUACACGUACCUGAAGGAGUUCCGCACGGAGCAGUGCCCGCUCUUCGUGCAGCACAAGUGCACUCAGCACCGGCCCUACACCUGCUUCCACUGGCACUUUGUCAACCAGCGCCGGCGCAGGUCCAUCCGCCGCCGCGACGGGACCUUCAACUACAGCCCUGACAUUUACUGCACCAAGUAUGACGAGACCACGGGAAUCUGCCCGGAAGGAGAUGAGUGUCCCUUCUUGCAUAGAACUACUGGAGACACAGAGAGGAGGUAUCACUUGCGCUACUACAAAACUGGAAUCUGCAUCCAUGAGACAGACUCCAAGGGAAACUGCACCAAGAAUGGAGUCCACUGCGCCUUUGCUCAUGGGCCCCAUGACCUGCGCUCACCCGUGUAUGACAUCAGAGAGCUUCAGGCGAUGGAAGCUUUACAGAAUGGUCAGACAACAUCUGAAGGAGGCAUUGAGGGUCAGUCUGCGGUCGCUGCCAGCCAUGCCAUGAUAGAGAAAAUACUCAGUGAGGAGCCAAGGUGGCAAGAUACAACAUAUGUGUUGGGAAAUUACAAGACAGAGCAGUGUAAGAAACCCCCCCGGCUCUGUCGCCAGGGUUAUGCCUGUCCCUACUACCACAAUAGCAAAGACAGAAGACGAAGUCCAAGAAAACACAAAUACAGAUCUUCACCAUGUCCCAGUGUGAAACACGGGGAUGAGUGGGGAGAUCCCAGCAAGUGUGAAAAUGGAGACUCCUGCCAGUACUGCCACACUCGCACAGAACAGCAGUUCCAUCCAGAGAUCUACAAAUCCACCAAAUGCAAUGAUAUGCAGCAGUCUGGCAGCUGUCCCCGAGGACCCUUCUGUGCCUUUGCACACGUAGAACAGCCCGCGCUCAGUGAAGAUUUACAGCAAUCCUCGGCCGUGUCCAGCCCCACCCAGACAGCAGCAGUGAUGUACAUGCCCUCAGCAGCUGGGGACUCUGUUCCAGUCAGCCCUUCCAGUCCACAUGCCCCAGACCUUAGCAAUGUGUGGAAUAAAUCAGGAACUCUGCCAACUAGCCCCACCUCCACCACAAUUCUUUGUAGGAACAGCAGUCUUGGAAGCCCAUCUAAUAUAUGUGGGUCUCCUCCCGGUGCCAUUGGGAAGCCCCACAGCUUGGAGACCAUUGGUUUUCCUCCAGACUCAGUCACAGCAGCCGGCAGCUACAAGAAAGCACCGGGGUUUGAGCGAGAAGAUCAGGUGGGGGCCGAGUAUUUGAAGAGUUUCAAAUGCCAGCAAGCAAAAAUGAAGUCCCACUCCCUGGAACACAGGAGCCAGGAGCAACCUUUGUUACAGCCCAAACAGGACAUCCUGGGCAUUCUCCCAGUGGGGAGCCCACUGACAUCCAGCAUCUCCUCUAGUAUCACCUCCAGUCUGGCUGCAACCCCCCCGAGCCCCGCCGGCACCAGCAGCAUUCCAGGCAUGAAUGCCAAUGCCCUUCCCUUCUAUCCAACCAGUGACACCGUUGAGUCUGUCAUAGAGUCUGCCUUGGAUGACCUGGACCUGAAUGAAUUCGGAGUGGCUGCCCUGGAGAAGACAUUUGACAGCAGCACAGUGCCCCACACGAGUGGCAUCAUGAUAGGUGGGAGUUUGCUGCAAAGUUCUGCUCCUGUAAAUAUCCCCGGGUCCCUUGGAAGCUCUGCCUCCUUUCACUCCGCCUCUCCUUCUCCACCGGUCAGCCUCUCAUCGCAUUUCCUCCAUCAGCCCCAGGGACACUUAAGCCAGUCAGAAAACACGUUCCUGGGCACAUCAGCUUCUCAUGGAUCAUUAGGUUUAAAUGGGAUGAACAGCAGCAUAUGGGAACACUUUGCUUCGGGGAGUUUUUCGCCCAGUACCUCACCUGCAUUUCUGUCAGGUCCAGGUGCUGCGGAGAUGGCACGGCUACGACAAGAACUGGACGAAGCCAACGGCACAAUAAAGCAGUGGGAAGAGUCUUGGAAACAAGCCAAGCAGGCUUGUGAUGCUUGGAAAAAGGAGGCAGAGGAGGCAAAUGAUCGCGCCAACACAGCUAACAUGGAAUGUGAACUGGCCCGGGAGCAGAGGGAAGCCUUGGAGCUGCAAGUGAAGAAGCUGCAGGAGGAGCUGGAGAGGAUCCACACCGGCCAGGACCCGCAGUUCCUGCGCUCCUUCUCUGACCUGGAGACGCUCUCGCUCUCGUCACUCUACACCCUGCAGAAACAGCUGCGGGCAAACCUGGAGAAAGUGGACAAGGCGGUAUUUCAGAUGCAGUCAGUGAAAUGCCUUAAGUGUCAGGAGGAGAACCGGGUGGUGUUACCGUGCCAACACGCGGUGCUGUGCGAGACGUGCGCUGAGGAGGGCGAGUGCCCCAUCUGCCACCCCAACAGGCCCCACUCCCUGCAGUCGUGACCUCCCGAGGACACUCCUUCUGAUCAUAUCCUAUAGAACUUUUUAACUUUAUACAUACGUACAUAUAUAUGUAUGUGUAUAUAUAUAUAUGUAUAUAUGUGUGCGGAUGGGUGUGGCUGUGCACGUGUAGGGACGUGCACACACACACGCACAUGCACACAUGAAAACAGAAAAUUAGUUGCAGAGCACUUUUUAAUAUUUUACAUCCCGUAUCUAAACUGCCCCUCACCCGUGCCCCACUAAUUCUAACUCUUGAUGAACUUUGAGAGCUGUUUUUAAUACAGAUCAAAGGGCCAUUUGCAAAGAGUCUGUGUUUCUCCUCUUUUCUAUUUAGGUGAUAACAAAUUUUUGACUAUUUCCAGAAGGACUUAGAGUGGGCAAGAGGGGCUUCCACGUGCUUUCCAGAGGAAGAGUUGAGAUCACAGGGAGGAUCGAGGUGGAUUGAAAUGACUUGCUCAUGCCUUCGGUCCCCCUGCUCUUUCACUGACCCAGCUUGGUUAAAGCCGUCCUCCCUGAUGGGAGCUCUGCCAGGCUCCUGCCUGGAGGGCCUCACACUGCCCAUCUCUGAAUGUGCAGGAACUUUGUCUGUCAUUUAAUCAGCAAAGUUCACUUUUUAAAUUUUUUUACGCUCUUUGUAUAUUUGUAUGAAAAGAAGAAAAGAGGGAAAAAAAAAUAUUUAUAUUGGACCUAGAGCAAGCCAAGCCCCAAAAUUCAGUGACCAAUGUUCACUUCUGAUGCAGCCAACAUGUUCCAAGUCUGAGCAGCCUUAGAAGUAUUGCCCUUGGGUGAGCCAAAGCCCUUUAUGAAGGAAAUUUGGAUGCAGAGGUUAGUUCUCUCCAGGCACCCCUUUGUCUGGUGGCUGUCCAGAGACUUUUUACUGUUUCAGACCAGAUUAGUUUUGUUUUAGCCACAGGGACCUGACUCGUAGUCACUGCUGAAGUGCAUGAACCAAUUCCAGAUAGGCUGAGGACAUUUUUGUUGCCUGUAUCAGCAGCUCAAGGGUGGUUUGUGGAUUGCUGGCUCCAGAGAUCCUUGUGCUGGAGAUGUGUGGUGACAGAAAUAGUCCAGCAGGACAGAGAAAUGCCACCAGCUCAGACCUGCCCAGCAGCUGAGCUUUCCUGUGACUUUCCCUACCAGCAUGUCCAUUGGAUUUUACAUCAGGUGGAUUGCAGUAACCUGCUGGGAUCUCAACCAAAAGGCCACUCAGUUGACUAAACAUUUUUAUUUUGCACAGGGAUGGUCCUGUGCUGCCCCUCCCUGACCUGGAAAAGCACUGGAACCUCCAGCUGCCCACUAUUGUAGGAAAACUGAAUUUUUACCAGAGCCUCUCAGAAAGCUUCAUAUUUAAUACAAACACAUAAUUAGGUUUGCUUCCAUAAUUCCACCUUUCCUCUCCAUGGAAGGGGUUAAUAUGCAUUCCCAGAUGAUCUCUUAAGUGCAGCUCUGUGUAGUUCUUUUUUAUGUUUUCCCAUUAACUUGUUUUUGGGUUUUUUGGUAAAAAUGCUUUUUUUCCAUGUGUAUUUUAUUGUAACUAGCAUCAGGUUUUUUAAUUUUUUUUAAUGGAGAGACACUGUUGAGUGACUAUUGUGGCUAUGUUGUUUGGUUAUAGCCUUUGAAUGUCUGUGCCAUGGGGCAGCACAUCUGCCUUGGUCUGAUCUUAAGGAAAGACCUUUUAUUAAAAUACGUGAACAUUUCUCUUUUUUUUAGGAAAAAUAAAAAAUAAAAAAAAAAAAUUCAAGUGGGGGGGAGGAGGAGGAAAAAGCCCAAUUAAGAAAAAAAAAUACUAAAAAGUUUUUUUUGUAACUAACUUAAAUCAUAGGAAAUAAACUCUUGAAUCAGGUCUUUAAUAUUUAUAAGCAGCAGAGCUGAUCAGCCCGUUUUUGGCUAUGGUUUGUAACACUUUUUAUGAGCAUGGGGGUUUCUCUGCUCCUCCCUGGGGGCUGCUCAGGGGUGAUGCUGCCUUUUGCCCACCCUCUUUUUCCAGAUCUGUCCAGCACCAGCUCCGUGACUCCACCAGGGAAUCCCUCCACAUGGAACUUAUCCCCUGAGGGCAGCCUGGGCUGUCUCUGUGGGAUUUCCAGUCACGGGGUGAUGCAGGACUUGGGGGGGUUAAGGGGAAAGAGCUGUUUGCCCCCAGUUUCCCUGGGGUACAAGGAAAAAUUCCUGGCCAGAGAAAAUGUGUUUUUCCCUUUUGAGUAAAACAGUUUCUCUGUUUUAAAACUUAUACUGAAGGACCAAAGAAUUCAGAAUUUCACCUGUUUGUGGCCCUUAAAUUUUAACUUUCCAUUGCCACACUGCACUCAUGGCAGAGCAGCCUGAAGGAAUUAGCACUAGACCCUUCCCUUGCCCCCACCCCAACCUCUCUCAGCACUCUCUUUGCACAAGCACAUAGAUUUUCUCACUUUCCUCUGGUUCUUGAAGAAACACUUCCUAAAUUUAGGUUUCUAUCUAUUUGUUUGCUGCUUUAAAAAAAAAAAGGAGAGGAAUAUUGAAAUGUGAAUUUAUUUUCUUAAGCAUCAGAUGGAAAAGAGAACUUCAUCUUUGCAUAUUUUGUGAAUGUUCUGGUGGGCCAUUUAAAGACAAUUUCUGAACCAAAUGAGGUGGGAGCAGGGGGAAGGAGCAUCAUUCCUGACCCACUCCAGCAGUUGUUGCUGCCUGCUCCGUGCAGGAAGGACAAACCAUAAUCACAGCACUGCAGUUGAGGCUUGAGAGUCUGUGAUCAGCUUUUGUGUGGUGUAAAAAGAGCUGAAAUAAACCUGGUGCUAAUAAGUGCA